AUGGUGCCACCUGUGGAGCAAGAGGAUAUGGGCCAUUCAAAGAAACACUGGAUGGUGACACUACAAGAGGUUUUCUACCCUGCUCUGGCAGCAGUGGGUAUCCCCUCCAAUGUCAUCACCUUUCUGAUCCUCUGGAGGAGGAACUGCAUGCUCUCCAGGUCCAGCACCUUCUACCUGAUGGCCAUGUCUGUAGCUGACAGCCUGGUUCUAAUCUUCAUUGUGGUUCUUGAGCUCUCUGUUAAGUACCACCAGCCGGAGCCGUUUUGGGGUUACGAGCCAUGGUGCAGCCUGAGGGAUGUUUUUAACUACGGGGCGUACAACACCUCAACAUGGCUGGUGGUUGUGUUUACAGCGGAGCGUUUUGUCGCCAUACACAUGUGGAAAAUGAAAACUAAAAUCUGCACUCAGAGAUGUGCAGCAUGGACUACAACGGCUGUCUUCCUCUUCAGUCAUCUUUUUGCCAUUCCUUACUACUGGUCUAACGCCUCAGUCUACAAGAACAACCAGACCAUGUGCAUUUACAAUCCGGCAGCCUCGUCUCAGCUCAUUCACACCCUGGUUGGGCUUCAAACGCUGCAGGCCUACAUAUUGCCCCUCAUCAUCAUCCUCACACUUAAUGGGCUGUCUCUGCGCCUAAUCUCUCACAGCAAUCGGGUCCAUAUCACAGCCCAUGUGACUUCCAGGGUAAACAAAGUCGUGCCCCUGCUGCGCUCCAGGAAGAGAAAAUCUGUGGUGCUUCUGGUGACUGUGUCCAUGAGUUUCGUGCUGCUGUCUGUCACCCGCGCUGUAACUCAGAUCGUCGUCCGUACGACUCCCAUGUACAGUUUGGAUCGUAAUGAUUAUAGCCUCGUGAUAAAUGUAGCAGCGGACUUUGGCACCAUGCUGAGCCUGAGCAAUGCGGCUGCCAACAUGUACCUGUAUGUGUGCACCCAGUCCAAGUUUCGCCAGGAGUUCUUUGCCUGUGUCAGACAGGUGUCCCUCCACUGCAAAAGAAAACACUAG